UUGUAACCAAUUUUGUGGGAUUGUGAUAAGUAAUUUAAAUAGCUUCAAAAAUGAUGCGUUAUGAAGGCAACGAAAAACUGGCCGAUGAAACAGCAUGUGCAGGUGUUCGCGCCGAUCUGAAAAUGUGCCUAUUGGAGAGUGAUUGUUGCCGCUUGGACAAGAAGACACCGCGCCAGUGCCUGCAGGAAAAUAAUGUUCCCCCAGAGUGCCAAGUACUUCGCAACACCUUUUAUGAAUGCAAACGUUCCCUGCUGGACAAUCGACAACGUUUUCGCGGGCAUAAAGGCUAUUAAGCACAAAAUACCGGAUAUAUAACUUUUAACUUACUUUUAAUAACCUAGUGAUUAAAAUACAAAAUGCAAAAACUAAGUAAAA